AACUUUCGUGCAAUUGUGAGAAACCAAAACCGGCAUUGAGAGCCCAAGCUCCUGAGUUUUGACCAAGACGUACUGCAGCGGCUGUAGCGAGAUUACGGAUUCAAGACGAAGCUGAAGAGGAUGAACUUGAUUGACGUUCUUAGUAACUAUUGGUGGUUUAUUCUUAUUGUUGUUGUUUGGGAAUCUCCGAUAGUUAACAUAUAUAUCUCAAUAUUUGAGUUAUAUAGGGGGAGUGUGUUGGAGAUUAACAAUAUAUAAAUAUAUAGACAGUAUUAACAGUUUAGAAGCCGGAAAUGCGGCAUGCGCCAACACUUCCGGUGAAACGAACAGAUGUUGUAAAAACAUUAGUGAUGAGAGCGAGCGUGCGAAUGGACAUUGUUAUAUAGGGCGAGAUAUUAAACUAGUAAAAAAGGAAAGAGAUUGUUAACUAAACCUGUGUUUAUAAAACUGUGAAUUGUCGUAAACACAACAGGAGGCAAUUUACGACAAGAUAAGGGUACAUUAAGAAGGUGUAAUACGGGGACAAUUUGGUACUCGCAGACACACUGAAAUGUGCUCGGUAAAUAACACCAAUGGCUCGGUUAGUACCAACUUACGACUAUAUACAUGUAUAACAGUUUACUUUCUGAGGUUGUCAAAGGAAGUCACAUCUCAUAGUGUUGUGUGUGUUCGGUUCUAACUUUAAAAUGGUCUUUUCAUUUCAAUUUGCCUCAAAAGACACACUAGACUAAUGUAUUUUUCUAUCUUUUAGUGGAAUGCUGUUGCAUUGUGGGCUUGGGGUAAGUACCAUGCGUUAAAAUUUUACAAAGUAGGCACUUCGCGAAACAAUAGUUUGAAAUCGAGACAGACAAUGCAUUGCAAAAAGGUAUAAGUUUUCAUUGCCAAGUAUCCUUCAUCCACCGCAAACCCCUUUCAAUGUUGUUUGUGGCUAUAAUUGGUCUAGGCAUGGCACGUUCAAACCUAUUAACGACGACACCAACAUUGAACAGGGCAGGGAAGAGGUGGAUUUUACCAUGAUAAAAUAUGACAAUUGAAGAGAUAUACAGGGUGUCUAAAAAAAACGCUAUGGAAAUUCAACAGGCUGUUGUGCAUCAUAAACUUAACUAAACUAUUCAAUUUUUACAUAGAACGAAAGAACAGUUAUUUAGCUUUUCUAUUUUAAACCGUAACGAUGAGAAAUGGUCACAUACUCGUCAAAUAAAAAUUGUCUGUCGAAAUCACAUUCUUCCACCGUUGGGAAUUGAAAAUACAUUAAUUAUGCAAAGUUAGUCAAUCCAAAAGCAACGCGAGCCUGCUGCAAGGUACUUGUGUCGUAAAACGUUUUGAUUACGAAUGUUCUCUGUUCAGUGGUUAAUUGAACCAUGUUUAAUGCAAUAGUGACGUUCUUAUGGUCUCACUAAGACGAAGAUUGACGAGUUGAGCUUAUUUUAGAUAAUUUAACAUUCAAUUUUAAUUCCCUCUUGGGAAUUGUUUAUGUUUCGUUUUCCAUGCAAUUCCCAACGGUGGAGAAUGUGAUUUCGACCGGCAAUUUUUAUUUGACGAGUAUAUGUGGCCAUUUCUCAUCGUUACGAUGUAAAAAGAGUAUCAUUGAAAAGCUAAAUAACUGUUCUUUCGUCCUAUGUAAAAAUUGAAUUGUUUAGCGACGUAUAUGAUGCACGACAGCCUGUUGAAUUUCCAUAGCGUUUUUUUUAGACACCCUGUACAUGGCAAUAUAAAUUAAGUUUGUCUUAUUUGAAAGAACAUGAUACAUAAACUUCUUUUACAAUUAUUCCGUAUCUUGCUUGGUUUUCGAAAUAAAUCGACUUAUUUUGAUCAAAAGCAGCGUCCAUUCCGCCUUCUUGGAUAUGCAUUCGAUAUGCAUACGUCACAAGUACGGUGAAAAGCAAAAUUUUUAUCUUGCAAACCACAUGUCAUUAUCAAUAUGAAACUUGAUUUUCUGACGUCUUUUUAGUACUCAAUUAACUCAACAGCAACAUUUUAAGAAACUUUUCGAAGAAAUUUAGUCGAAAGUGAAGAAGUUUUAACAAGUUUACCCAACCUGUGACGUCAUCAAAAACUCAGUUAAUUAGGUCAAUUAUAAAACCAAGAUGUAUUUCAAAUAAGACAGAGUUAAUUUUUAUUACCAUAUCCCUUUGCUAACUUGCGCGCUUGCACUGUAAAUGUCAACAGGGCGUAGUAAAACACAGGGUGUUUUACUACGCCCUGAUGUCAAGGAGUUGAAUCAACUCCAAAUGUGUUAUUUUGUCACUAAAACCACAGAUUAAGUAUAUACCAGAUGCGUAACUUAAUAGGACUUCGUGUUUCGUGUCCUCAAAUUUCCCUAGAUGUAGACGUCAUGCUUACGCCAUGACACAUGGCUACCAAAAUGGCGUCCUGAAAAACACGAACUUUUGCAUUUUAUUGCGGCUUUUUGGAUCGAAAUUUCUGGAUUAAACAAUCAAGAGCAUUAUUUGUUGAAUGUUUAAAGUUGUUGAAAGCGAUUGAAUUAAAGUUAUAUGUCGAAAAGGUGUCGAAAGCAUUUUUGAAAGCAUUGACGUAUUACCAAAUGACGAAUUAUCACGCGAAGUUUUACUGAAGUUACACAUCUGUCCUUACUUAAUCUAUGCCAAAACGGUGACAGAAUAACACUUUUGGAGUUGAUUUAACUCCUUGAAAUAUAAGCGCGCGUUCCACAUGCAGGCUUAGCCAUGAGCCCAGGAUUCUUAGCCUGCGAGUGAAGCCUUAUACCUCGCCAUUAUAACAAACGUUUCAUGCUUUCACUUGUUAUUGAAAUUUUGCAGAUAUCGUCGUUGACAACUGUGCCAUUUGUAGAAAUCAUAUAAUGGAUUUGUGUAAGUGCAGUUAUAUGACUAUCAGUUCGGCGAGGAUUAUUUUGCCUCCCUAAUUUUUCGCUGCCCGCGCCUCAACCCCAACUCCACCCGCUCCGCAGGUUAGGAUUUCAACAACUCUAUAGUAUAAAUUAAGCAGUGUUACAACAAUAUAAAAUAUGCACUGUGUUUUGAAUGAAUUUCUAUUCAUACAAAUUCUAUGGGGAAAACAAAAGCAAAAAGUCCUAUAGCUAAGUGUUCGUUCCUUGUUGAAGUAUAUGAACGCAUUAAUUCUGUUUCCCACAGGCAUUGAAUGUCAAGCCAACCAACAGUCUGCAACUAGUGAAGAAUGCACUGUGGCCUGGGGUGUUUGUAAU